AUGGAAAUACUGAAUUUUUGUAGUAUGCGCCCCAUCAUCUCCAUCUGCUGGGGACACCGGGACUCGUGGCUGCUGAUGGCAUCAGGACCAGCCCUGUACGUGGUCCGUGUGGAGCACCGCGUGUCCGGCCUGCAGCUGCUGUGCCAGCAGGCCAUUGCCAGCGCCCUGCGAGAGGACAAAGACGUCAGCAAGCUGACCCGCCCCCCCCGCCUCUGCUCCCACCUCCCCACUGCCUUCAUCCCCACCAUCAAGCCCCCGAUUCCGGACCCCGACAACAUGCGCGACUUUGUCAGCUGCCCCUCGGCCGGCAACGAGCGUCUGCACUGCACCGUGAAGCGCACAGAGCGCGGCCCGGAGGUGGGCGGCCCGUGCCACACGCUCUGCCUGGAGCACCUGGGCGGGCUCGUGCGCGUCCUCAAGGGGCGGCGCGUCAGCCAGCUGCGGCCGGAGCUCGUCAUCACGGACCCGCCGUCACACAGCAAACCCGAUGAAAUCUAUGGAAACAGCUUGAUUUCUACCAUGAUCGACAGCUGCAACUGCUCAGACUCCAGUGACAUCGAACUGAGUGACGACUGGGCUGCCAAGAAAUCUCCCAAAAUCUCCCGAGCUAGCAAAUCACCCAAACUCCCAAGGAUCAACAUUGAGGCUCGGAAGUCCCCCAAGCUGUCCCGGGAGGCACAGGAGAUCUCCAGGUCUCCACCGUUGCCGAUGCGCAAGCCCUCCAUUGGCUCGCCCAACCUGACGCGAAGAGAGUUUCCCUUUGAAGACAUCACUCAGCACAACUAUCUUGCUCAGGUCAUGUCUAAUAUCUGGGGAACCAAAUUUAAGAUUGUGGGCUUGGCUGCUUUCCUGCCAACCAACCUCGGUGCAGUAAUCUAUAAAACCAGCCUCCUGCAUCUCCAGCCGCGGCAGAUGACCAUCUAUCUCCCAGAGGUCCGGAAGAUUUCCAUGGAGUAUGUUAAUUUACCUGUCUUCAACCCGAAUGUUGUCAGUGAAGAUGAGGAUGAUUUACCAGUGACUGGAGCAUCUGGUGUGCCUGAGAACAACCCACCGUGUCCCGUGAACAUCCCCAUCCCGCCCAUCCACAGCUCAGCUCAAGCUAUGUCCCCCACGCAGAGCAUAGGACUGGUACAGUCCCUGCUGGCCAAUCAGAACGUGCAGCUGGACGUCCUGACCAAUCAGACCAUGGCCGUGGGGGCAGCUGAGCAUGCAAGUGACAGUGCCAACCCAUAUGCAAUCUCGGACCGCUACUCCAACCCUGGACAGGUGAUCUUCGGAGGCGUGGAGAUGGGCCGCAUCAUUCCGAAGCCCCCUCAGCUGUCCCUGCCGCCGCCAGCACAGGGGGCCAUCCAGCUGUCGGUGGUGGACCACGGAGACCAAGACCACGAGCACCUGCAGAAGCCAGCCAAGGCCCUGCGGCCGGUGCCGCAGCUGGCCGCCGAGGGGGACGCCGUGGUGUUCAGUGCCCUCCAGGAGGUCCAGGUGGCGAAGAUGAGCCCCCCACCGCCCUACCCAGGAACCAUCCCCGCCGCCCCCACCACGGCAGCGCCGCCGCCCCCGCUGCCGCCCCCACAGCCCCCGGUGGACGUGUGCUUGAAGAAGGGCGACUUCUCGCUGUACCCCACGGCGGCGCACCAUCAGCCGCCCCUGGGCUACGAGAGGAUCACCACCUUCGACAGCAGCGGCAGCGUGGAGGAGGUGUGCCGGCGGACGCCAAUGCUCUGCGCCGGGAACACCUACACCCUCCCCGGCCCAGGCAGCUCGGCCACCCUGAGGCUCACGGCCACCGAGAAGAAGGUCCCCCAGCCCUGCACCAGCGCGACCCUGCACCGCCUGACGGUGCCGCGCUACUCCAUUCCACCGGGGGCCCCGCCCCCGUAUCCUGCCCUCGAGGACGCGGGGCCCGGCCCGGCCGCGGCGCAGAGGCCGGACAGCAGCCUCAUCCACGCCACGCUGCGCAGGAACAACCGCGAGGCGGCGCUGCGGACGGCGCAGCUGGCCGAGCCCCCGCGCGCCCCGCCGCAGCCGCCGGCCAAGCCCAAGGGCGCAGCGCCUUUCCCCGCGCGGCCGCCGCCCGCCCUCUACACCUGCAGCCAGUGCAGCGGGGGCCCGGCCGGGCGCGCCGAGCAGGGCGCGGGGGCGGGGGCGCAUGCGGCCGGCACGUCCCCGCUGUCCCCGCAGUCCUCCUACAGCCUCCUGAGCCCGCCCGACGGCGCCCGCGAGCGCGCCCACUAUGUCAACUCGGCCUUCCCCGAGGACGAGGCGCUGGGCCAGCACUCCGUCGAGAAGCCCCUGCGGCACCCCGCGCUGCCCGAGGCUGCGGUGGCCGGGAAGCGGCCGCCCCCUCACCAGUGGGACCCCGUGCUGGGGGAGGACAUCUGGGUUCCCCAGGACAGGACAGCACAGACUGCAGUGCCCAACCCCCUGAAACUGUCCCCUCUGAUGGCAGGUCAGAGCCAGCACCUGGACGUGUCCCGAGUGCCCUUCGUCUCCCCCAAGUUGCCCGCCAGCCCGACUGCCACUUUCCAGACGGGCUAUGGGAUGGGAGUGCCCUACCCAGGAAGCUAUAACACCCUCCCUUUGCCGGGAGUGCAGGCUCCCUGCUCCCCGAAAGACACCCUGUCCCAGACACAGUUUGCACAACAGGAGCCCACCGUGGUCCUGCAGCCCGCCUACCCGCCCCCCCUCUCCUACUGCCCCCUGCCCCCCAUGUAUCCAGGAAGCAGCACGUGCUGGAGUUUACAGCCGCCACCUGUCGCCUUGCACCCCUGGAGUUCCUACAGCGCGUGCCCGCCCGUGCAGAACCCCCAGGGCACGCUCCCCCAAGGCACACUUGGUGGUGGAGAAGCCCCCGUGUCCCCACCGCCCACCGACCUCCAGAGCCACCUGGGCACAGAGGUGAUGGUAGAGACCGCUGACAACUUCCAGGAAGUCCUCUCCCUGACGGAAAGUCCGGUCCCCCAGCGGACAGAGACAUUCGGGAAGAAGAGCCGGAAGCGCAUGGACAGCCGCGAGGAGGGAAACGUUCAGGCCACCACAGAGGGCGAGAUGAAGAAGGAGGCUCGGACUCGGAGCGACUUGAAUUCCCUGAUCUCCAGCCCCCGUCUGGGGAGGGAGAAGAAGAAAGAGAAGAGUCAGAAAGACCAGCUGAAGUGGAAGAAGUUGAACAAGACGAACGGGUUCCGGGACAGCUGGGAGAGCGAGCCCGGGCUGGGCGUCAGCGGGGACGAGCUGGUGACCCGGAGCCAGGGCGGCCAGACGGGCUGGAAGGGCAAGCGCAGCCUGCGCGCGGCCGGCGAGCCGGAGGAGGCCAAGGGCCGCAGGGCCAGCGAGCGGGAGGACGGCCGGCCGCGCAGCCAGGGCUUCGUGCACGUCAUGGCCAACAAGCAGCGGCUGUGGACGAGGCCACGCAGGGGCUGUGCUAUCUGCUUCCAGCAGGUGCUGCCCAGACCCGGCUGCCCUGUGUCCCGCCUUGUUUGUGCUUUAAUGUCUUUGCUUCCCUCCCUCGCCCCCCAGGUGAUGCAGUUUGGAAGGAUCGACGGCAAUGCGUACAUCCUGGACUUCCAGUACCCCUUCUCCGCUGUGCAGGCCUUCGCCGUCGCCCUGGCCAACGUGACUCAGCGCCUGAAAUGA